GCGACUGCAUUGGCCUCCACCCCCGCUUCCUGCUCGCCAUGCCGCGGGGUGCAGAGGCUGCAGUGCAGAUUUGGGUGGGCGGCCAGCUCUUCGAGGCUGAGCAGGCCCUGCUGGUAGAGCACUGUGACUUUUUCCGCGGCCUCUUCCGCUCGGGCAUGCGGGAGGCGCGCGCAGCCGAGGUGCGCCUGGGCGUAUUGAGCGCUGGCGGCUUCUGCACCACCCUGCAGGUGCUGCGCGGCCAGCGGCCGGCGCUGGAGGCUCCCGACGAGCUGCUGCAGGCCGUGGAGUGCGCUGCGUUCCUGCAGGCGCCGGCGCUGGCGCGCUUCUUGGAGUACAGCAUCACGUCGGACAACUGCACGUUGCUGUGCGAUGCGGCCGCUGCCUUUGGCCUGCACGACGUGUUCCACAGUGCCGCACUCUUCAUUUGCGACGGCGCGCGCGAGCUGGCGGCUGAGCUGGUGCUGCCUGAGGCCCGCGCCUACGUGGCUGCCCUGCGGCCCAGCAGCUAUGUGGCCGUGAGCACGCACACACCUGCACCUGGCUUCCUGGAGGACGCAUCGCGGACGCUCUGCUACCUGGAUGAGGAGGAGGAUGCGUGGCGCACGCUGGCUGCGCUGCCCCUGGAGGCCAGCACGCUGCUGGCAGGUGUAGCAACGCUAGGCAACAAGUUGUACAUCGUGGGCGGUGUGCGUGGUGCCAGCAAGGAGGUGGUAGAACUGGGCUUCUGCUACGACCCCGAUGGCGGCACGUGGCGCCAGUUUCCUAGCCCGCACCAGCCACGCUAUGACACGGCGCUGGCCGGCUUCGACGGCUGCCUCUACGCCAUCGGCGGCGAGUUCCAGAGAACGGCCAUGAGCUCCGUGGAGCGCUAUGACCCGGCGGCGCGCUGCUGGAGCUUCGUGGCCGACCUGCCGCAGCCAGCCGCCGGAGUGCCCUGUGCCCAGGCGCGCGGCCGCCUUUUCGUGUGCCUGUGGCGUCCAGCAGACACUACAGCCGUGGUGGAGUACACGGCGCGGGCAGACACUUGGCUGCCGGUAGCCGAGCUGCGGCGACCACAGAGCUACGGUCACUGCAUGGUGGCCCACCGCGACAGCCUCUAUGUUGUGCGCAACGGGCCUUCCGACGACUUCCUGCACUGUGCCAUCGACUGCCUCAACUUGGCCACGGGCCAGUGGACUGCACUGCCCGGCCAGUUCGUCAACAGCAAGGGUGCACUCUUCACAGCCGUGGUGCGCGGAGACACGGUCUACACCGUGAACCGAGUGUUCACCAUGCUUUAUGCAAUCGAAGGCGGCACCUGGCGGCUGCUCCGUGAGAAAGCCGGCUUCCCCCGGCCGGGCUCCUUGCAAACCUUUCUCCUGAGGCUGCCCCUGGGUGCUUCUGGGCCUGUGGCCUCCACGACACCAGAGCUGUGAUCGCCCCCUCCUCCUUCCCCAUCCCUCUGGCGGCGCGAAGGGGGGUGGGUGGGAGCCUUUACAAGGAGCUGCUCUGAUUUCUCCCUGAGCUGUGACAGAGUGCGAGGGUGGCCUUAGGGACUUCCAGGAACUUAGCUCCCUGUUGAGACCCUGGGCUCUCAAGCCUUCUAGUGUGAACGAUAGAAGAGGCUCCGAGGCCGGAUGGUGGGGUGGUGUGGGGCUCAGUGUCAGUGAGUGAGGGGGGUGUUAGUAUUUGAAGAACCCAGGUUGGUACUUGAGUGGGUCAGUCAUGGAGCACAAGCAGGCGUAGGUUAAGCGAAACUGCACCAAUUGCCAAUCAGUGGGCAAAAAUUAGGCAUCUGCUGUGUACCUGACACAGUGCUGAGCCCAAAGAGAGUUAGCUAGAGAGCUUUGUGAAGCUUAGAUUCUUGGUCUCAACAGUUACAGGACAGGAUAGUUUGCCCACAUUACCUUGAUGCAAGAGGGUUCAAGACAACAUGCAAGGUCUUUAAAAAAUAAUAAGAAUCCAUCUUUGGGGGCCGGCACUGUGGCUCAACAGACUAAUCUUCCACAUACAGGUGCCAGCAUAUGAUACAGGCUCUGGUUCUAGUCCUUGCUGUUCUGUUUCUGAUUCAGCUCCCUGCUCAUGGCCUGGCAAAGCAGCGAAGGAUGGCCCCAGGUCCUUGGACCCCUGCAACCACAUAGGAGAUGCAGAUGAAGCUCUUGGCUUCAGAUCGGCUCAGCUCCAACCGUUGAGACUAUUUGGGGAGUGAACCAGUGGAGGGAAGAUAUUUCUGUCUCUCCUUUUCUCUCUGUAAACCUGUCUUUCUAAUAAAAAAAAACUUUUUAAAAAAUCCAUCUAAACUAUUAUUAAAGAAGAUACUGAAGAAAUCAGGCCAAUGGGACAAUAGAGGAAAACUGUCACUUUAGGGAAUGAGGUGUCUACAGCCAGGACCCGGUUAACUACUUAGCUACUACAAGCACAGGUUGUGACUUCACAGACUGACGGCUCAGGGGGUGU